GGUCUAACAAGGCCAAGUCCAACCGGGGCACCCCCUGCACCUGCCCUAAAGCAGAGACAGGAGGCUGCUUCACAAUGGUCACCUGGGUGACAGAGCUGGGGGUCAGCCAGCCAGACAGGCAGACAGGCCCUCUUGUAAGCUGAAGCCUGAAGCAGCAGUGCUGACCCACAAUGACAGCAACUCAGAAAUGUAGCUUCUUCCCGCAGGAACCCUACUACAUCCCUGGAUAUGGAGGCUUCUACCCUCAGGUCCGCUACCAGGUUGGGCAAAGCUACGGCAGAACCACCUCCAGGAUGCUGACCGACCCCGAGGUCCACAAGAGCCCGUGCUCCGUUCUCGCACCUUUGAGGAGGCCCAAGUUCACUGAAGACUUCAGCCUGCAAAACCUCCCUACACGAGACAGGAUGGAUCAGUACCAGUCAUACAUCCCAGGAUACACAGGCGUUGCACCCUACUGUGGCUGCUUUCCUCUUCCAGGCCAAGACUGCCUGCCCCCUUUGCUCAGGGCUCUUCCCCUGCCCCAUCCUCCUCCUGGGACAGAGGCUGAUGUGGUGCAACGGGUGGCUCAGAGGAAGGUCGCCCCCUGCCACCCGGGCAUCCGGCUGGCUUGCGGGCCAGGAUGGAGGCAGUUUGCAGCCACAGCCGGCUCGCAGUUGGUCUCGCCGAAAGGCGACCAGAAGUUUCUGUGCCACCCGGACGUUGCGCUGGUGUGUGGUCAGGAGCAGCACCGGGGGCCUUGCAAGACCAGCAUGUCUCUGGUAUGCGGUCAGGGCUGGCGGGGGCCUCCUUGCCACCCAGGAGCCUAUCAGCCCACCAGGACCGAAGGGGUGCCUCUGCCAAUGGCAACAGAAACCGUGGAUGUCAGGCGGUUUGACCGGACCCCCAAGAUGGAUCUGCCCAACCUCAUCCAGCGAAAAGCCAUCUCGGGAUACGCUGGAUUUAUCCCAUGCUUCAGCUGGAUUAUGGGAGUCAACUACCUGAAGGGAGUGAAAGAUGCCAUGAACAGUUUUGAUAGAAACCAGGAAAGGCUGAGAAACCCCAUGUACAGCUUCGGCCAGCGCCUGCCCCGCACUUACUGGCCCAACACAAAGAUCUACGCCAGCGGUGGCUUGGUUCCAUUCUACACCGGGUUCGUGCCAACUAUCCGGCAAAGUUAUGCCCUAACUUUUGGCAACAGCACCCGGCAAGCUUACUAUGACGAAUUACAGCGGAGGCAACACACAGGAUGAAAAUGUUUUUAAUGUCUGUACAGCAUCAGACAGGUGACAUAAGAAGAAAACGCAGGACAAAGGAACAGAGAAGAGGUCUGGAAUGAAUAAAGUUUGUGACACCUUUGAACUAACGUACAGGCGUGACCUCUGGUCCCUUAAGCUGCUUCUUCCUCUGCUUCCUCCUCGAACUCACCCUCUUCUUCAGCUGUUGCAUCCUGGUACUGCUGGUACUCUGAGACCAGGUCGUU